GUUUGUUUAUCAAUUCACAAUUCGCAUCACUUCAUAUGGCCAUCAAAACGAAUAUACGGGAAAUAUCACUAGGAAACGUCAAAGCGACCAGAAACCAGCGCGCAACUUAGGAAAUGUCAUCCCAAUCGCAAAAAGAUGGCGAGUCUUCGAAGAAUGAUGUAUGGGACGACUCGCUCCUGAUCCAGUCGUAUGACAAAUCGGUAAGAUUGGCGAAAAAGGCGCUAGCCAAGAAAAUCGCUCGGGCCACGAAUAAAAACAAAAAUGAAUCGUCAGACGGAAGCAGUGUGGAACAGCUAUCGCAGGAGCCUACGAAAACUGACUUCAAAGUAGGUGACUAUGUACGGGCUACGUACGAAGACGGCAUCGAUUACGAGGCGAAAAUCAUAUCAAUUGAUGAAGACAAUGAAGAAUGUCUCCUCAAGUAUGUUGGCUAUGAAAAUGAACAAACAGUAAAACUGUCGGAAGUAAUUCCGUCGUGGGGAAAGAAUGCUCGAAAGAAACAAUUUGAUGAAGCCAAAAAGGGAGAAAAAGUAUCAGAACAUAUGACCGAACGGGGUGCAGACCUUCCUCCGAUGUUCGGUCGAUUGCCACCACCACCGCCAAUGCCACCAAAUCUCACUGACGAGGAUUCAGAACAUCUUUCUGCAAUGCUAAUGUCCUGGUAUAUGAGUGGCUACUACACCGGGUUCUAUCAUGGUCAAAGAAUGCAGAAAACCCCUAGAAGAAAGUGAACUGAAUAUUUGUAAUAUCUCAUGUUUUAUUUUUAAUAAUUAUUAAAGAAAGUUUUAUUCGUAAAUUCCCAA